AUGGCGACGAUGACGGAGACGUGGACGGAUAGCACGCAGAACAAGAAGCGUCUGCCAGCAGCGAAACGGGCCAAGCUGGCGCCCGAGAACGAACGGUACAUACGAGCGUGCGCCGACAUCGCCAACAGUCUGGUGGAAGAUGACGAGAAAGUGCAGGCAGGAGGGCCAAAGAAGGAUGUCAACCUCAACUCGCUGCGGUCGCACUUUGCCAAGAAACACUUCCUUGGUCGUCAGCCGCCUUUGACCGACAUCAUCGCCGCCGUGCCUGAGCAGUACAAGAAGUACAUCUUGCCCAAGCUCAUCGCCAAGCCCAUUCGAAGUGCGAGUGGUAUUGCGGUGGUGGCAGUCAUGUGCAAGCCGCAUCGAUGUCCACACAUCGCAUACACGGGCAACAUCUGCGUGUACUGUCCCGGUGGGCCAGACUCGGACUUCGAGUACAGCACACAGUCCUACACCGGCUACGAGCCAACGAGUAUGCGCGCCAUUCGUGCAAGAUACGACCCGUUCGAGCAGGCAAGAGGCAGAGUCGAUCAGAUACGCAACAUGGGCCACAGCGUGGACAAAGUGGAGUACAUCAUCAUGGGUGGCACUUUCAUGUCGCUGAGCCCAAAGUAUCGUGAAGAGUUCAUCUCCCAGCUGCACAAUGCGCUUUCUGGCUACCAGACGAACAACGUCGAUGAGGCUGUCAUGGCAGGUGAGCAGAGUAAUACAAAGUGCGUGGGCAUAACAAUUGAGACCAGACCGGACUACUGUCUUCCUCCCCACCUGACAGACAUGCUUCGUUACGGCUGCACCCGACUGGAGGUUGGUGUGCAAUCGCUGUACGAAGAUGUCGCACGAGAUACGAACAGAGGCCACACAGUCAAAGCCGUCUGCGAGACCUUCUGUCAAGCAAAAGAUGCUGGCUUCAAGGUCGUCUCGCACAUGAUGCCAGAUCUGCCCAACGUCGGUCUUGAGCGCGAUUUGUUCCAAUUCCAGGAGUACUUCUCGAACCCAGCCUUCCGCACAGACGGGCUCAAGAUCUACCCUACGCUGGUCAUCCGUGGUACCGGUCUGUACGAGCUAUGGCGGACAGGUAGGUACAAGAAUUACACUCCUAACGUCCUCAUCGAUAUCGUCGCGCGCAUUUUGGCUCUCAUUCCUCCUUGGACACGUAUCUAUCGAGUACAACGAGACAUUCCAAUGCCACUGGUCACUUCUGGCGUCGAGAAGGGUAAUCUACGUGAGCUCGCUUUGGCACGCAUGAAAGACUUCGGAACCACAUGCCGUGACGUUCGAACGAGGGAAGUCGGCAUCAACGAGGCCAAGAACAAGAUCAGACCCAACCAAGUCGAGCUUGUCCGCCGAGACUAUACUGCGAACGGCGGCUGGGAGACUUUCUUGGCGUACGAAGAUUCGAAGCAGGACAUUCUCAUUGCACUGCUUCGACUACGCAAGUGCUCAGAGAAGUACACAUAUCGGGAGGAGCUCAUCUCUCAGCCGAGCAGUCUGGUGCGCGAACUUCAUGUCUAUGGCUCAGCGGUUCCGAUUCAUGAACGUGUCAAGGGCAAGUCGCAACAUCAAGGUUAUGGUACGCUUCUGAUGCAGGAAGCUGAGCGCAUCGCGAGAGAUGAGCAUGGCUCUCGGAAACUCUCCAUCAUCUCUGGCGUUGGUGUUCGAGGAUACUACAAACGUCUGGGGUACUAUCUGGACGGACCUUAUAUGAGCAAGGAUCUGGAUCAGGAGGAGGCUGAUAGUGAUGCAGAUUGA